GAGCGUGUGGAGGGUCCGCGUGGAACUAGCCAAGCCACCAAAACCAUUUUAAGUUUUGCAUCCUCCGUCCGAUUCUCCUCACCAACUCGUCUCCGGUUUCCAAAUCUCAAAGCGUCAGCCGGCGUCCCCCACCGAAACGGCUGGACUCCGCGUCCAGACUCGGGUGAGCCGGGGGCGACACUGCGCACUCUUUUGCAAACGUCGCCCGAAGAACCCCAGCUCGCUCUGCCCUAAUUUCUUCAAUCGAAAUGGUCCGAAAUUGAGUUUUGGGGGAAUCGCAAUCCGUCACCAAACCUGGCUUCGGAUAUCUGGAAACGCUUGUUCCGGACCCGGACCCGACGAGCUUAUUCCGGCCUCGUCCCUUACAUCAGGUUUCCCCCCCAAUCCGAUUCUACCAUGUCCUGCAAUUUCUUCAAAUUCUGUUCUGGCCUUCGGAUCCUCGGCUACUUCAUGAUCGUCCUCGUUGCCGCGAUCAUCGCUGUCUCUUACUAUGCCGUCGUCGUCGUUACGUGGGGCCCGCAGUUGCUCCACGGGAGCCUCAUUUCAGUCCUCGCCUUCUUCAUCGUCGCUGUCUUUCAUUUGCUGCUUGCAUUGUUAAUAUGGAGCUAUUUUAUGGUAGUUUUCCGCGAUCCAGGUUCUGUUCCCGAAAAUUGGAGACCUAUACUGGAGGGGGAGAAUUUGGAGGCAGGAAGGUCCGUUGCAUUGUCGGAAUGUGUUACCCCAGAAACUAGGUCUUCUGAAUGGGCUCCCUCAAAUUUGAUGGAAAGAAGACCGGCUGUAGGCUACUGUAGUCGUUGCCAAAACAGCAAGCCUCCUCGUUGCCAUCAUUGUUCUGUUUGUAAGCUAGUCCUGCUUUAUCUUAUCAGUCAAAGAUGUGUGCUUAAGAUGGAUCAUCAUUGCGUUUGGGUUGUCAAUUGUGUCGGUGCACGCAACUACAAGUUCUUUCUUCUCUUUCUGCUGUACACAUUUCUGGAAACGACAUUGGAUACUUUGUCAUUACUGCCUCAUUUCAUCAAAAUAUUUGGUGAUGCCAAGAAGCAUUCCAGCUCGCCUGGCAGCCUCGCUGUUGGCUUUCUUGCCUUCGUUCUUAAUUUAGCUUUUGCGCUAAGUCUUCUGUGUUUCUUGGUCAUGCAUGCAUCUCUUAUAUCGAGCAAUACCACUACAAUAGAGGUUUAUGAGAAGAAGAGGGCAGUCAGGUGGAAGUAUGACUUGGGCAAGAGGAAGAAUUUUGAGCAGGUUUUCGGCACAAAAAAGGCAUAUUGGUUCUUACCGUUAUUCUCGGCAGAAGACUUAGAAAACAUACCCGCACUCAAAGGGCUCGAUUUCCCAACACAAUCAGAUAUCGAGGCACCGGACCACUUAGGGAGAGGCCUGUAAUAAUAAUGGUUUCAUUAUCUAACCUUGGGUCCCACUUGUAGUGGCUGAAAAUGUAAAAAUGACUGUACAAACUCUCGCCUUUGGAUUGUAUAAUUCUUCCUUUCAUUUCUACCUUC